AUGGCUGCGGAACAGGAACAGGACCAGGACCGCAGUUCUCACUUUACUGAUCCGAUAUAUACGGAGACGGAUGAAAAGAGCGAUAGAUGGAUGCAUGCUAGCCGAAUGGGAGCUCGAUGCUUGUCUUGUGCCCUCGAACGACUGUCGAAGAUCAAUAUCAUCACCAACCCCAAGUACCAGAAGGACGGUCUCAAGUCCUAUGCCUACCUUCUCAACGAGUGGGGUUUCAACCCUACGCAACCAGGUCCAUAUGUCCAGAUAGCGGGCCCGUCCAACUCGGGACACCAAGGUCUUCUCAGUAAGCUGGGCAAGAACUCUGCUCGGUUGCUGGUCAAGAAGGUGGGGGUUUCUCGAGACGGAUCAUCUGUUAUCACCGAAUUCGUGCCUGUACGGGACCAACAGAACGAGAAUCUCUACCACUGCACUGUAUCGAUUGGGACUCCACCUCAGACUCUUGUACUCCAUUUCGAUACAGCUUCGGCUGACUCGUGGGUCUGGUCUACAGAGCUCAGCAAGAAUAUGCAGUCUGCAGCCAAGUGUAAUGGACAUGAACUCUUUGACUCCACCAAGUCCUCGACUUUCACGAAAAUGCGCGGCAGUACCUGGAAGAUCACCCAUGGUGACCACUCUGCCGUAUCUGGAAUAGUCGGUACUGACACCGUCGUCCUCGGAGGGCUAGAGGUCACUGGACAAGCCAUCGAGCUGGCCAAAUCGUUAUCGGAAAGAGUCGCUCCUGGCGUUGGUGAUGGAAUCCUAGGCCUCGCUUUUAGAUCGAUCAACACUGUGACACCCAAGGCUGUGAGUACUCCAGUCGAGAACAUGAUCACUCAGCCAGACAUCCCUAAGGGUGCAGAACUCUGCACUGCGAAGAUUGGUUCCUGGUGUGACGCCGAUGAGCCGGACGACGAGGGGGCUGGCUUCUACACCUUCGGUUACAUUGACCUACCGACCGUGGAGGCGUCCGGCCAAGACAUUUACUAUACUCCAGUCGACAGCUCCGAUGGAUUCUGGACUGUCAGCUCCGGCUCCACCAUCGUGAAUGAUACGGUAGUGACGAAGGGGGGAAAAACUGCCAUCAUCGACACCGGGAGCCCUCUCACACUUGUCUCUGAUGUCGUCUGCCAGGCCAUCUACGGCUCCAUCGAGGGGGCCGUCUAUGAUCCACAGGACCAAGGUUGGGUAUUCCCUUCCAUCACCACCCUUGACCAGCUUCCAACUGUGAGUGUCGCUAUCGGUGACAAGCAGUUCACCAUCAACAAGGAGGACCUGGGAUUUGCCACUACUUCAAACAGCACGAUCUAUAGCAGUAUCCAGUCACGAGGUGAUAUGGACUUUGACAUCCUCGGUCAUGCCUUUUUGAAGGGGGUCUAUGCUAUCUUCGAUCAAGGCAAUCGUCGUUUUGGCGCUGUUGAACGACCGCAGGAGUACCAGGACAUGGGUUUUGUUUUGGCUUGA